CAGCCUCUUAGCUCCAAGAAACCUGAAAGAAUUCACAAGUUACUACUGCAACCUUAAAUUUCAAUAUCUAUAUCUCCUUGUAUUUCCCUUUCAUUAUUUCGAAUUAUGGGUGUUCGUCUACCGUCCAUGAUUUCCAGCGCCAAACAAAUCCUCAAGCUGCAGUCUGGUAUUACAAGAGAUAAACCAGAUGUUCCGAAAGGUCACAUUGCAGUUUAUGUGGGGGAGACGCAAAGAAAAAGGUUCGUAGUUCCAAUAACUGUGUUGAACCAUCCUUCGUUCAACGACUUGCUUAAGCGAGCAGAGGAAGAAUUCGGGUUCAAUCAUCCCAUGGGUGGUCUAACAAUUCCUUGCAGAGAAGAUGCCUUCCUAAAUCUCACUUCUCGAUUGCAGGCCUAAUAAGAGAUUCAAAGGGCCACUCGUUCACAAUUUUGAUUCCUCUUUUUUUUUUCUUUCUCCAUUUGUGAAAGAGAAAAAAAAAGCUGUAAACCAAUGUAUGUACAGAAGCAGCAAAAGUUAUCAACAAAAUUAGUUCUUUGAUCUCAACAA